GAUCAAUGCAUCCAUGCACACAACACAACGGUUUCAUUCUCUUUCAUUACGCAAUGGCAAGCUUCUCCCAUGCAAAGCUUCGAAGCAAGAAAUUCUCAAUACCCUUAACUAUAUUCUUUAUAAUCAAACUCUUCUUCGUAUCUUCUCUAGCAGAAGUUAACAAUGAUAAAAGCCCUAUACCAUCUCAUUUCUCCAAGUCCUCUAUGGCAGCCACCCAGCUAUCCAUUUCCUCUGCCUGUAAAGCCACCAUUUACAAAGCUGCCUGUGAAUCUUUCCUCGUUUCACUGCAAACCACUGCUAAAACCCAACACGAGCUCUUUGAUCUCUCUGUUGAGUACACCAUGAAACAAUCUCAAUCGGCUAUCAACCUCGCCUCUUCUCUUAGCCUCUCGGCUCAUGGUAAUGCUCAGACCCAUCUGGUUUCUGCUGGUGCCAUGGCUGAUUGUAUUGAGCUACUUGAUGAUACCUUAGACCAACUCUCUAAUGUUAUUAACCGCAAGAACAACCUUAUCCAAAGCCAUAAUGAUGUCCGAACAUGGCUUAGUGCUGCACUUACCAAUCAAGAAACUUGCAUUGAAAGCCUUCAGAAUAGUAAGAUUAAGGAACAAAAAGGCUUAAUGGUUUCAACGGCAAGAAAUUUAAGUCACCACAUAAGCAAUUCCUUGGCAAUUUAUGUGUCCCAUUAUGUGACAGAAGAGGCUAACAAGUUGAACCCUGGUGGCACCGGUGGCCGGAAACUGUUGUCCGGGAAUAAGUUUCCGAGUUGGGUGUCGGCGACAGACCGGAAGCUUGUAGAAGCUCCGGUAGGGGAGAUAAAAGCACAUGCGGUAGUAGCAAAAGAUGGAAGCGGAACCCAUAAGACGAUAGCGGACGCAAUUGGGGUGUUGGGUUCUUUGGCAUCUGGGGGCAGAAAUGUAAUUUACAUCAAGGCAGGUACUUAUAAGGAGAACCUAAAUUUCCCUACAAAGCAGAAGAACGUAAUGUUAGUUGGUGAUGGUAAGGGCAAAACGGUCAUUGUGGGUAAUAGAAACGCUGACGACGGAUCGUCAACUUUCAGUUCUGCUACGGUUGCUGCUAUGGGAGAUGGAUUCAUAGCUCGAGGAAUAACAUUUAUAAACAGCGCGGGUCCAGAGAAGCACCAAGCAGUUGCCCUACGAGUUGGAUCAGACAGAUCAGUAAUAUUCCAAUGCUCAAUCGAAGGAUAUCAAGACAGCCUCUACACUCACUCCAAGCGCCAAUUCUACAGAGAAACAGACAUCUACGGAACAAUAGACUUCAUAUUUGGAAACUCCGCAGUUGUCUUCCAAAACUGCAACAUUUUUGCUAGAAAACCAUCUUCAGGUAGCAGAAACUACGUUACAGCUCAAGGUCGCACUGACCCAAAUCAGAACACAGGAAUUUCAAUACACAAUUGCAAGAUAGGAUCAGAGUCUGGAGGUUCAAAGCUCACAUACCUUGGAAGACCCUGGCAGAAAUAUUCCAGGACUGUUGUUAUGCAAUCUUUCAUUGAUGGGUCUAUUAAUCCUGCUGGUUGGUAUCCUUGGUCUGGAAGUUUUGCACUUAGUACACUUUAUUAUGGGGAAUAUAUGAACUCAGGCCCUGGAGCUUCAACUUCAGGUCGGGUCAAUUGGCCUGGAUAUCAUGGCGCACUUACUCCGACCGCCGCUCAAACUUUCACCGUCGGCAGUUUAAUUGAUGGCAAUAUGUGGUUGCCUUCUACUGGGGUGUCCUUCGAUUCAGGACUAAUCGGUUGAUUGACAAGGAAGACUCAAAAUCAAAAUCUUAUUCAAGCCAAAAAGUGCAUCUAAUAGAAGACUAAGUCUGCUGAUGCAUUUGUGUGUUAUUGAUUUUAAUUAGUUAAGAACAGUGGAAAUAUGUAAAUAAUACAUAUGCUGAUGUGUCGAGUAGUGUUUGUGUAUAUGGUUUUAAUAUCAAAACAUAAAGCUAGCAGGGGAGAUCGUUUGUAGUUACUUUGUGUUUCAUUUUCUUUGCUUCAAUAAUAAAAGUGCUUUUUUUU